UAAAUCAAUCAUUUAACAUAUUUUUUUACUUUGUUUUAGAAAUGAUCACGCAGGGGUGUUAAAGCAUAUGGAAUCAAGAAUACAUGUACAUAUAAUUACGCAAAAUAACAAAUCUUAAUUUUUAAAUACCUAAUUAAAUAUCAAAACAGCAAAACAUAGACCAAUUAAAAAAAAAAACAUCAGAGAUAAUUUUUUUCUUCAAAAAUUAGAUUGUAGUGCGUAGAUUUACACAUAGAUGACGUUAUGACUGGAAGUAGAAUGUCGUGUUUAUUUGACCGGAAAGCAUUGUAAAACUAUUUAAAAUAUAGGGACUCUGAUAAUGUUGGUGUGAUCUUUUGAAAAUUUAACAAAAGAAUGCUGGAACAUUUGAUAACUUUAUCAAAUAUUCGCUAAAAGGUUAGUUAUUAUGCUUUUAUUUAUCGGCUGGGUUUCGUCUGUUGUUGUUUACGAUAUAUACACAUUCGACUAAAGCAACACUAACUCGUAUACUUUGAACUUCACAUUAAACACGUACCAAUUUUGAACAAUGCUUAACUUGAAAAGUGCUGCUAGAAUCCAAUGUUAUUGGUCACUUUGAUUUAGCUAGCUAUUUUCCUGGCAAAAUCUUGGGAGAGUUUUAAAAGAACUAGACGUAUAACUCAUAAGAGGAAAAUAUAGGAUUUUAGCAGCAGUUUUUAUACAACAGAGAUGUGUUUCCUGUACUUGAUUUGUGUAUUGCUUUGUGGAAACUGCGGGUUUGUUUUGUUCUAUAUCAUUUCAUAUUCAGGAAUAAAUAAAAGCUAGUUGUAGCUAUCACGUGAUAAUGCACCGAGGUGGCAGUAAUGUACUACCCGAUUUUAUUGCAGUGGCAUCUAUCAAUUACAGUUAAAAUAAGGUGCUACAUUGUAAAUUGCCCAUAUGCUUCAUUAACCUACCUGCGUAUAUUUAAUUUUGUCUUCAUGGUUAUAAGAACCAUGUUUGCUUUACGAUGCUAACAGAAAUCUGAAGAUUUGAUGUUAUGCCUUUUACAUCAAAUGCACCUUUUAGUCUAAGAAAACAAUUCAUACAUGAUUUAAAUAAUUUUAAAAGAUAAACCAUGCAUAAAAAUUUGAGUAUUUCAUUUCAUGCUUUAUUUUCCGGUUAUGAAGUAAAUAACUAUAUCCUUUUUUUGUUUUCGGUUCCGUUUUGUUUUCCAUUCCACGUUUAAGCAACGCCCUAUGUAAGUAUACGGCCUAACUCUCUAAUCAUAAAGUUAUAAAUUUAUAAAAGUUAUAUAAUCAAAUGCAUAACCUGACGUGCUACAUAUUGUCUGAUAACAUUUUACUGGGAUUGAAUGGGAAUGGAAGCUACAUAAUAAAUGAAUGAUGAUUAAAGAAAGAUGAAUCAAACAAUUGCUAUUAUAGUCUAUUACAUCACACCCUAUCUAUCUAUAAUUAAAGAGGUCAUGUGUUCGUGUCAAGAGAUUGCUCAUGUUUAACUUAAAGAAUUUGAUUGAUAUUACGAAACAAUGAUAAUAAAAAAACGGAUCUGGUAAAAACAUUUCAAAUGGAUUGAAUUAAUAUGAAGGUAGGUUGUGUCAAUCGUUAAGAUUUUAAAGUUCUAUCCUAUUCUUACUUGUUAUAAACUUUUGUAUAAUACACUGAGAUAUGGAUUACAUGGACCUAAAUAUACCUUUGGAAAACCAGAAGGGUAUUUCUUUUAAUGGCGCACCGAGGUAAAACGAAAGUAAGUAGCAAAAAAAUAUAAACAAAGUCUACGAAAAUUCUUAUUGAUAUAAAAUAUUAUAUACAAUCAUACUAUAAUUACUGACUGUUGUGCUGUAAAAGCAGUUUUGCGAUGUGUUAAUAUCAUUAAUAAUUGUUCAUUUUGCUUCUGUUUUACUUUUUAUUCAUUGACGAAAUUAACUAUGUUUUGAAAGAAGAGGUAUGUCAACAGUACGUGAACAAAUAUACUUCUUUUUAAAAUAAUGUUGGUUGAAUAAUUGAACAAAUAUUCGUGAUUAUUCAAUAUCUGUAAAUAUAUAUAUACAUGCAACAUAAUAUAUCACAAUAAAGAUAUAUUGAGCAUGUGAUUGUAAUUUGCCUAAUUUAAUUUGCUGCAUGAAGAUGUUUUAAAAUGGUAUUCAUGUUACUAUCGAUAUCUACAAAAAUUAAUUUUAAUGCUAUUGAAAGAUUUUAAGUGUCACGAAACUCGUGAUGAAUGACAAUAUUCUCCUCGGCCCUGGCUGGCACAUAUGUUUCGGUAAAACAAAAACUUCUGUUUACCAAAAGCCGAGUUUAAAUGAUUUGAUCAAAAGGUAAUUAAAUAUUAUGCUCUUUAUAUAUAACAUUAAUUUUUUUUCAAGAUUUGUUUAAAGAAGAGGAGGACAGAGAAUAUGAAAUCACCUUAAAGUUAAGGGGAGCAGAAACAAUUCUCAUCGUUUCUACGAUGAGGCACGUCUCUUACAAACGAUCCAUGUCAAUUAUUGUGAUAUUAAACAAAUUCAUUUUCAUAGAAAAUUCAUACUUAGAAUACAUUAUAAAUGGCGAUAUUUCCGUUCAAAAUGAUCUCUAUUGCUGUAUUGUUACGAUGCCGCCUCGCCCAAGUAUUCCCUCUGAGGAGGUUCAGAUUAAUGACACUGAUACAGAACUCACAGGACCUGAAAAUACUCAAGAACCAGUUGGCAGUAGCAACCCGAUUUUAAUUGGUCAAUUACGGAUGAUACAAGUUGUAAGUGCAUCGGAUUCCUUUGAAGAAAUAUCUAGCAGCAGUUCAGAUGAUAGUUAUUCCGAAGACAGUGAAGUGACAAGAGAUGAAAGUAGGCAGCAAUCCAGUUUACAAGCUGAACCAACAUUAUCCUUGAUUGACGCAGCAGAUGAAAUAGCCAACCCAUCAUCAAAUGAUCCACUUCAAACAGGUCUUAGUAUGCAAGGUAGUGAUGUUAAAUCUACAUGGGAAAUCUCAUCAACAACAAAUCCUUUUUACGAAAGUAACGAACGACCAGAAAUGGAAAAUUCUCAGGAAAUUACAUCGAGUGCCCCAUCAUAUCCUAUGUUUGAAUCUCUAUUCGAUCGAUUGAGAUCAUUCUCAAACUGGCCCAGUCAUAAGACUCAGACACCGCACGAAAUGGCAUCGGCAGGUUUCUUUUAUAAGGGUUAUGGAGAUUUUACACAAUGCUUCUUCUGUGGAGGAGUACUUAAAGAUUGGGAGGCUGAGGACAAUCCUUUGAUUGAACAUGCAAGACACUUUCAUGACUGCGCAUUUGCUCAACAAAUUCAAGAACAAGAGUUCAUUAAUUUGGCCAAGAAACGAACAGCUAAUUUGAAUGGCCAAGAACAUCAGGAAGUAAAUGGGACUUUACAUAAAGACACAGGAGAUUCGACGACAGCCCAGGAGGACGAAGAGAAGGUGAUGAUGUCACCAGCAGUAACUAGCAUUAAAGAGAUGGGAUACAGCGAAGACAAGAUCAAAGCAGCAAUUAACAAAAUCAAAAGCAGGCUACCAAGAGGAAAGCACAGAGUCUCAGCCAAAGAAAUCCUGGAAGUAAUUUUCGAAUUGAAUGGAUCCGGUGCAUCCGACAGUCUUCGAAAAGAACAUUCUUUGUAUGAUACCACUAUAUCAGAAUCUGUGAUUGAAAACACCACAUAUUAUAUGCGCUAUCCAACUCUUUCUGAAGAGGGAAAAAUCCUUUCUACAAACGAGCCUGACAUAGCAGCAGAGGCUUCGAGUACAGAGUUUUUUUACAUUACACACCCUACAGAAGAGACAUCAAAAAAUGAUCAAAUAGAUACAUGUUCAAAUGCAUCCUCUUCAUCAACUUUUGACGAUAUGACUUCACUCAGACAAGAGAACACGAUCCUGAAGAAUCAGACUCUGUGUGUGAUCUGUGUGGAGGAGAAAGUGUCCAUUGUCUUCCUGCCUUGUGGUCACUUCACCUGCUGUGAGGACUGUGCCCCCGCCAUGAGGAGAUGUCCUAUCUGUAGAGAGUUUGUCAGAGGGACUGUCAAAACAAAAGCAUCCUGAUG